AUGCAAGCUCUUAAGUUCCAGAAGACUGGGUCCUUCGAUGAAUUGUCUCUGGUUAACCCAUAUUAUGUCCCGGUGAGACCCUCGUACGCGUCAGAGCUACCGGUAUCAAUGGGAUUUCUCCAGGAAGUUGUCGAAGCACUCGACGCAUCUGGUGCCUCGAGUCAAGAGUGGAUUGAAGCAGAGGUGUGGGGGACAGGAAGCGAGAUAAGCUUCACUUCGGAUGGAACAUUUUCUCGAUACGUUACUGUCCUUAUCGCUGCACUGAACCGGAAGCCGGCAUCUCUCGACUACUCUAGGGCUGGUGCCAUAACCCUGCCGUGGUUAUGUGCCUGUAUUACAGUUGACACACUUGCGAACGUCAAGGAGGGAGACAAUAUUAUUAUCACUGGUACAACCGGCCGUUCGACAACACGAUUUCACAGUGACACCAUACGGCACCGGUCGUGUCGUGGUCAUGGCUGUCCAUGCAAAGGAUGGACUAUUCCCCGUCAACCUGCGGACAUUUUAUACAAAGGCCCUUACGCUACAGGGCAUGAAGUGAGCUCAUUGGAGGUCAAAGAGGUACUGGACGACCUUGCGAAGAAAAUUGAUGGUGGGCUGCUAGAGGGGCCGAAGGAGGUCAAUGAAAUUGAUAUGAGGAACAUGGACAACGUGAAAGGUGCUCCACAGGCGAUUCUAACUCGAGCUUCUCAUGUUCGUUUAGUCAUUUCCCCCUGA